CCCAACUACAUACCAAGAUUGAAAGGCUCAUUUGUGCAGUAGACCACACGAGAUAACAGGUUUUGGUCUGGAGCGUUUUGUCAGUUUUCUCUUCGGACAAAAUGGCCAUCACGACAUUUUUUAUUGAACAAGAUACUCAAAAUAGCUUCACAAAUGGAGAUACCGUCAAGGGCAGAAUCAUCGUGCAGGUCUUGAAGCAAACUGAAAUCCAAUCAAUAACUUUUUUUGCAAAAGGAAAGGAAAUGUUUGCUUCACCAGUGCAUGGCUCUGACUACCCCUCUCAGGAGACAGUUUUCAACGUCAAACAAGAUAUCUUGAAAAGGGGUCCCAGAAUGAUUGAUGAAGGAAGACAUGCAUUUCCUUUUUCUUUCAAGAUCCCAAACAGAGAAAUGCCAUCUUCUCCAUACUGGGUUGAUUAUAAGUUAAAAGCAAAGCUCAAACAAGCAAUGAAGCAGGAGAAAGAUCUUGACAUAGACUUCACAUUCUUUCCAAAAAAAGCCAUGGAAGUCCUUUCACUAACGGAACUUCAGCAUGUUCACGUCCAGAAAAAAAUCCCAAAAAUCUUAGGUUCUGGAAAAGUAACAAUGGAAACUUACACCCAAAGGAUGCCAUGUAAACAAGGCGAGGCUCUCCAAGUCAGAGCCGAAAUCAACAAUCAGUCAAAUCAUUCAGUGAAGCCCACGUACAUAUUGUACAGGAAACAAACUGGGAUUUUCCCGGGUCAAAGGAUGAUUUCCAUGAUUCCUAUUCUUGUGGAAGAAGCCAAGCCUGUUGCCGCCCACAGCAGAAAGACUGUGACCAAGAUGAUCCCCAUCCCAAGAGGGAUGCCUCCCUCCAUCUCAACCAGACCAGCAGUCAAGAAUGAGUACAUCCUGAAGGUCCAUCUUGAUAUGAAGGGGACGAACGUCACAAAAGUCAAGAUUCCUAUAUUUGUCCUUUCCAACAGUCUCGACUCACAACGACGACAAUUACUAGAUGAAGUUGAUCCUGGAUUUCCUGGAUAUGACAACACCAAGAGUGAUGGGGGACAGCCAAAAACAGGAUCCCGGUCUAUAGACGUGCCCCUUAACUUCAAAGACAUUUGAAAACGAGAUCUACCUUUUGACUUGAUGAAGACUAACUAAGGAUGGUAUGUUUUUUGUACGGUAUGGUUUUUUUUUUUUUUUAAACAGUCAGGGGUAGAGGAUGCGUCUGUGGCAUUGUACGGGUCUUCUGAACGGGAGCACUUUGGUAGACCUGCCAACUGUGCAUUCAGUCCCAACCACAGACAACUGAAACAGAAGACCUCUGCUCAUCAAAAUAGUGAUAUAUUAGACGUGCGGAGUUUGCAUGUUCUCCCCGUGACUGCGUGGGUUCCCUCUGGGUACUCCGGCUUGCGGCUGAGAUAGGCUCCAGCACCCCCCGCAACCCCCGAAAGGGACAAGCGGUAGAAAAUGGAUGGAUGGAUAGACGUGCAAUGACGUGUAUGUUAUCUUUCUAAUUGGCGCAUAAGAGUCGUCUCACAGAUGGACACCUGCUGCAACCCAUUCUGAGAAUCUCAACAGCACAGACCUUUACCCAUAACAAGUAUCAAGCUCAGAUACCACUGGAUUGCAAAUACCAAAUGUUGGCAGAUCUGUUACUAAAUAUAAUUUAAUGGAUUUUAUAAAUAAUUUUAAGAUUAUUGGGAUUUAUGGUAUUCUGGGGUGUUAAAAGUAAUAAAGAUGAACCCAAUCCCAUGGAUUUUGUCAACCGUUCCACCUCUGAGAGAUAUGUGAACGUUUAUUGUGAAGCUACUCAUUUAUUUAUGGGGCGGCGUGGCUCGGUCGGUUGAGUGCUCGUGCCAGCAACUUGAGGGUUCCAGGUUUGAUCCUCGCUAGCGCCAUACCAGUCACUGCCAUUGUGUCCUAGGGCAAGACACUUAACCCACCUGCUCCCAGUGCCACCCAUACUGGUUUACAUGUAGCUUAAAGAUGUAGAUAAUGGGUUUCACUAUGUAAAGCGCUUUGAGUCUCUAGAGAAAAGCGUUAUAUAAAUAUACUUCACUUCACAUUAUUCUGAAAUAUUAAGUUAUUUCGUCAUUAGGAGACAUGGACUCGACACUUGUUUCUUAAUAAUGUCAGGACACAAGCUGACGGGAUGACAUAAUUUCUUUAUUAUUAUACUCUGUCAUGUCCUGUGCUGGAUUUGUUCUUAUUCUUCUUUAUAUUUGCCAACAUUUCUAACCCUCCUUUGUUUACGUUCUUGUUGCAAGGAGUGCCUGAGCUUACGCACCUGUUUCGGUUUGUUGAUUAGUGUCUCCACCUGCCGCUGCCACUAAUCACUCCGGUUUAUACGUCCAUGUCCCUCUGCUUGUCCUUGCCGGAUUUUUGUUCGCUUUACGCGACAGUUACGCGCCUUCUUUGCUGCAAGACUUUCUUGUUGUUUACCAUUGGCGACCAUUUGAGUUUGUUAGCUUCACGCUAUGCUAAUGCCCUGUAUGGUUUAGUGCAUCGUACUGAAAUUAAACGAGCAUUCUUACCUGCUUUCUGCGGUUCUUUAGCAUCCUGGGAGACACCACCUUCGCAGAAAAGAUCGUAACAUUAUUUCCCUUCCAUGGAACUGUUUACCAGAGAACCUCAGGUCUGCAGAGAAUGUUCAUGUUUUUAAGAGCAGGCUCAAGACCCACCUUUUAGAUUUUGCUUUUAUUUAUUAGUUAUUCAUAUUAUUUGAUUUAUUUGCACUUUAAUUUUAAUUCUUAUUCAUUAUGGUAGAUUUUUUUCUGUUAUAUUUAUGUAUUGUAUAUUUACCGUACAGAUAUUUAUCAUCUUCAUGAUAUUUUUUUACUCACAUAUUCUACUUUAUUAUUGCUCUUGUGAUAGUGUUUCAUCACCUGACACCUCUGUACUCAGCAUUAUUUAUGUGUUUGUGUGUCUGGUGAUUGGGUGAAUGGGGGACGGUGGGUCAUCAAGACAUUGUUUUUAAGUCUGCAAAGCGCUUUGGGGUGUUGCAUUUUUUUGUGAAUGUUUUAA